UUCACAACAAUGGCGGUCGGAAGAAUCUUGUGAAUUCGAUUCCGAUUUUGAGCGAAAGGAAAGAUGUCGGGUAUGGGUGACGGCUACGUUGGUACGGCUCAAGAUGCGGUGAGGAUACGACGGCUUCAGAAGCAAAGAGAAGCCGAACGCAAAAAAAUCCAAGAGCUGAAGAGCAAGACUGCCUCAGGCAAAGACCAAUCGGGUCUUCUCCAAUUCGGCACUAGCUCUUGCGAGAUUCUUGACACUGCUUUCAAGAAAGAAACAGUCGGUUUAGUUACAAGAGAGGAAUAUGUGGAGAAGAGGGUUAAUAUUCGUAAUAAGUUCGAGGAAGAAGAGAAAGAGAAACUGCAGAAGCUACAGCAAGAGGAAGAGGAGUUGCAGCUAGAGAAGCGUAACAAGAAGAGAAAGAUUAAGGGAUCUUCCCUCUUAUCUUUUGCUGAAGAUCUGGACAAUGGCAGUGAUGAAGAUGACGGAGAAAACAAGAUUUCUGGGACAAUGAACUUACGCUGCGGAAAACUUGGCAAGGACCCCUCAGUGGAAACUAAUUUCCUGCCUGACAGUGAGCGGGAGGCGGAAGAACAAGCUGAACGUGAAAGGCUAAAGAAGCAGUGGCUUCGUGAACAAGAGCAGAUUAAAAACGAGCCUCUUCAGAUUACUUACAGUUACUGGGAUGGGACGGGCCAUAGACGAGUUAUCCAGGUCCGAAAGGGUGAUCCAAUUGGGAAUUUUCUGCGGGCUGUUCAACAGCAGCUUGCCCCUGACUUCCGGGAGAUUCGGACGACAUCAGUUGAGAAUUUGCUAUAUGUGAAGGAAGAUCUUAUUAUCCCGCAUCAACACAGUUUCUAUGAGCUGAUCAUUAACAAAGCUAGAGGGAAGAGUGGCCCGCUGUUUCACUUUGAUGUUCAUGAAGAUGUAAGAACAAUAGCAGAUGCAACAAUAGAGAAAGACGAGUCUCAUGCGGGUAAAGUUGUGGAGAGGCAUUGGUACGAGAAGAACAAGCAUAUAUUCCCUGCUUCCAGAUGGGAGAUUUACGACCCGACAAAGAAGUGGGAGCGGUACACAGUCCAUGGGGAUUGAUUAUGGACCAGAAUAUGGUUUUGUUACAUGGAAUCUAGUUGACAUGAAUGAUCAGAUUUGGUGCACUGGUAGUGGAAUGUUCAUGGAGUUUUUUUAUUAAUGUUUAUUCUUCUCAUUAUCAGUGCCUCAAUGUACCAUUACACUCUCGUUUUUUUCAAUUACUGGAAUCAUGGAAAUAUAUCUUUUAGUUUUUCCCUGUUACUAUUUAGUGAAA